AUGAAACAACUUAGCAAUCGAUCAAUCUUAAACUUACCAAUCUCUACUUCAAUCAUUCAUUAUCUUUCAUCUGAUCCAAUCGUACCAUCCAUCUCAAAACUAUUUUCAAUUCAUCAAUCCAAUAAUUCAACUUCAAUCAAACCAUCAAACUUACGUAGAUCUCGUCAAGUUAAUGCUACCUUUAGUUUUGUAACACCUUUACCUAUUUCCUUUCCAUAUCAAAUUCCACAAACUUAUUUAAAUCCUCAAUCAAAACCAGAAUCAGUUUCAUUAGAUGAAAUUGAAUCAUAUCUAUCACAAUUCGAACCUAAUCCAAAUCAUCCAAUUCAAACUAAAAUCACAUCAAACUCUCAUGAAUCUUUAACUCCUCUAGGUUUCACAAGUCAAGCUCGUCAAACCCUUUUUCAAUCCCUUUCACCCGAAUUAUUAAGUUUAUCUUAUAAAUCUAUUCAAGAUUGUUUACCAAACUUAAUCAUUGGAAUCAAUGAAUCGAGUGAAGAACGAAUCGAAUUAAUUAAAGUUUUGAGUGGUGAGAUCGUAUUAGGUAGAUUACCUGAAACUGUUGAUCGAUCAUCAAAACCUUCACAUCUUACAGAAGUUGAGGACCAAGAUUUGAUUAAACAAAAAGGAUUCGGUCCUUGGAGUUUAGCUUAUGCUGGUCAUCAAUUCGGUUUCUUUGCUGGUCAAUUAGGUGAUGGUAGAGCGAUUUCGAUUCUUUCGACUCCGACCACCGAAUCAAUCCUUAACCAAGCUUUCAAUCUAACUACUGUUCCUUCAACUCAUCAAAUCAAACCCAAAAUUGAACUCCAAUUAAAAGGAGCCGGUCGAACUCCAUUCUCAAGAUUCGCAGAUGGAUUAGCCGUCUUACGGUCCUCGAUUCGUGAAUAUCUAGGUACCGAGUUUUCUCAUUCGCUCUAUGGAUUUCCUACCUCAAGAUCGAUGAGUUUGAUCAGUUUAUCAAACCUACAAGUCCAACGUGAAAGCAUGGAGAGUGGAGCGAUCGUUAGUAGGUUAGCACCUAGUUGGAUUAGGAUUGGGAAUUUCGAAUUGUUUAGGUUUAGAGAAGAUUGGAAGAAGUUGAUGGACUUAAUCCGAUUUGUGGGAGUUCAAGUCUUUGGGUUUUCUAAAGAUCAACCCGAUCUGGGAUUAAAAGUUUUUAAAGAGAUUAUGAUUCGGAAUGCUAUGAUGGUAGCUGCUUGGCAAGCAUGGGGUUUCAUGCACGGAGUGAUCAAUACAGAUAACGUAAGUAUCUUAGGGAUCACCAUUGAUUUUGGACCAUAUGCAUUCAUGGACAUCUAUGAUCCGAAUCAUAUUUGUAAUAAAUCAGAUGAGAAUGGACGAUAUGAUUUCAAAUCCCAACCUGAAAUGAUUAAGUUUAGUUUAAAGAAAUUAGGUGAAAGUUUGAAUGAAUGGAUCGGAUUUGAAACAUUACAAAAAGAUGAUCUUGAGAAGAAAGAGUUUGUGGAAUUGAUGAAGGAUGAUUUAGAAUUUAGGAAAAAGGUUAAGGAGAUCGGUCAGGUUGAGGUAUUGAAAGUCUUGGAUGGAUUUGAUGAAAUUUAUUUACAUCAAUAUGAUUCUAUCAUGAUUAAAAGAUUAGGUUUAGAAGAAUUAAAACCAACCGAUCAUAAAGAAAUCAUUAAACCUUUAUUGGAUUUAAUGAAAGAUAAAUUAGAUUAUUCGAAUACGAUCAAGAAAUUAAACCAUUUACCUAACUUAGAGAAACCGAAUGCAAUCGAAACCGAAACCGAAUUAACCACAUAUAUUACUGAACUAUCAACCCCACCCUUUUCAAAUCCAAAUCAAAACCAAAACCCACAAGAAGAUUUCAAAAGAUGGAAAGAUUGGAUCCACAACUUUAUCAAAAGAAAACAAGAAAAUCAUUCGAUUGAUGUAAAUGAUUUGAAUCCCAAGUUUAUACUUAGACAAUGGAUCUUGGAAGAAAUCAUCCAAGAUCCUAAAUUGAUCAACCUGAUCUUAGGUUUGAUUAAUGGAGAGAUUGAUGAAAGUGAUCCAAGGGUUCAAAGGUUUUUGGAAGUGGGUGAUCGGAAGUGGAUUGGAUUUCAAUGUUCUUGUUCUUCUUAA